AUAAAUGUUCCAAAGUGAUAUUUUUUUAACAGGCCCUACCUGGAACGGCGGCAGCUAACUUGUAUGAAGCUGGAAUUCGCUUUGGUUGUUGGGGAAUGUCGGUGUAUGCUCUUUCCUGCUCCAUUUAUUCAAUUUCAGUGACCAAACUGAGGAAGGUAUUAGGGACCAAAAUUGUUUAUAUUACUGGCAUAUUAUACUAUGGAAUUGGGAUGUUGAUACUAGCCAUCUGGCCCACCAAAUGGGGAGUAAUAGUUUUCAGCACUUCGGCAGGAAUAUUGUACGGCACGCUUUUCACAAUCCCGUACAUAUUGGUCGCUAAUUAUCAUGCUAAGGAUUGUUUCCGCAUGCAUAAUGGCGAAUCAGUUCCUCUCAAACAGGCCCGUGGUUUGGGUACAGAUGUGGCGAUCAUUAGCAGCAUGGUGUUCAUAGCGCAGCUGGUAAUCUCACUGUCGAUAGGCCCGUUAAUAUCUUGGAUGCAAACGACUUGUGCCAUAUUAUAUGCAUCUACUUUUCUAGCAUUUCUUGCUGCAAUAUCGGCUAUGUUUGUUUUAUAUGUGUAGAAUAUAGAUAUGUGCUAUAUAUACAUACAUAUGUAUGUAUUACAGCUCGACAAAUAUAUAUGUACAUGAAUAAAAUUAUAUACCAAAAACUACGUUUAUCGCGAUAAAGUAUUAGUUGUAAACACAUUCUGCAAUGAAAACAGUUUUAAAAUGA